CCCCGCCGCGCCGCGCUGCUCUGUCCGGCCGGGCGCCGCCAUGCCCAUGUACAGCGUGCGGCCCUUCCACCGGGCCGCCGGGGAGGUGCUGGCGGAGCACAUGCCCACCUGCAUGUACAGCCUGCCCAACCUGCACCGCCGCCCCGCGCCCGCUGCCGCGCCGCUGCCGCCGCAGGGAGUCCUUGCUGUGUCCUCACCCAGGCUGGUGGUGGAGAUCCUGAGUAGAGGGAGACUUGGGGCAGAACUUCUUAGAAACCAUAGAAUGGAAGAGGUUGACCCAUCACUUCAAGCACUUGAAUCCCGCCAAGAAGAGAUUCUGAAACGCUUGUAUGAACUGAAGAGUGCCGUCGAUGGUCUCUCAAAGAUGAUACAUACCCCAGAUGCUGACUUUGAUGUAACUAAUAUCAUUCAAACUGAUGAAUGUUCUCCUUUGACAAAAAACAAAGCAGAUUUAGACUUGAUGCUUGGAAAGGAUUACGGUGCCCUGAAGGAUAUUGUAAUCAAUGCAAAUCCUUCCCAGCCUCCGCUGUCACUAUUAGUGCUGCACAGUCUGCUUUGUGAACACUACAAAGUAUUAUCAGCUGUUCACACACACUCAUCGGUGAAAGGCGUGCCUGAGAACCUCUUGAAAUGCUUCGGAGAGCAGACUACGAAACAGCCGCGUCACGAAUAUCAGUUGGGCUUUACUCUGAUCUGGAAAGAUGUUCCAAAACCCCAGAUGAAGUUUAGCAUUCAAACAAUGUGUCCUAUUGAAGGAGAGGGGAACAUUGCCAGGUUUCUCUUUUCCCUGUUUGGCCAGAAGUACAACGCAGUUACUUCAACUCUCAUCGACAGCUGGGUUGAUACAGCCAUCUUCCAGCUGAAAGAAGGGAGCAGUAAGGAAAAAGGAGCAGUCCUGCGCUCCAUGAAUGCAGCCCUGGGCAAGACCUCGUGGCUGGUGGGCAGUGAGCUCACCGUGGCAGACAUCGUUGCGUGGUGUGCGCUUCAGCAGACGGGCAGUGCCAAUGCAGCACCAGCCAACGUGCAGAAAUGGAUGAAGUCCUGUGAGAACUUGGCACCUUUCAGUUCUGUUAUGAAGCUACUAAAGUAAACCUGUGCUCUGCAUAAUGGUGUCAUUUUAAUCUUAUUCCACCCCACACCUGCUGUAGUGGUUUGAGCCCCUUCUCAGAUGUACUCAAGUGCAACAGUUGGACAGAACUCUAAAUCAAUAAAAACAUUACAGCUACUUU